AAGAUAAAAAGGCAGCGUUCCCAGGCCCCAGACUAACAAUACCUCUUGCAGCAUCUCUGUCUGGUCACUCCUCCUCGUUCUCCUACAGCCAAGACACUUUGUAGCGUCAUCCACGCCAGUCCAAACCAUCGAACCUCGCAUCCGUCCGUAGAUCCACUGAGCAGUGUCCGCCAUGUCCUUAGCCUUCGUUGCCCUGGCGCUCCUGUGCUCUAUGGCGACUGCGUUCGUCUUGCAGCCAUCCAAGGACCGCACUGCAACGCCACAGGAGCCCAACACCAGGUGCCAAGGAGCGUCCCUGCAGUCCAUCAGGAAGGGACUCCUCGCCGCCCUCAACCUGCAGGUGGAGCCUCAGCUGCCAGAGGGCGCCAUUGAGCAGUGGAGCAGCACCGCUGAAAGGAUGAAGGCCUUGACAGUUUCAUCCAGCGACACCGUGUCUGCUCAUGAUGGGAACAACUCUGAGUGCUGUACCGUGACCUCGGAGGUUCUCAUGAGAGAUCUGGGCUGGGACAAGUGGAUGAUCCAUCCUGACCGUGUCACGGUGGUGCAGUGUCUGCCCUCCAGUUCCCACAUGCCCUUUCAGCCAUCGCUGCCUCAUGCCCAGGAUGCUGACUCGCAGGUUCCUCCGUCAUGUUGUCAGCCGACUUCCUAUGAAGAUGUGCCCGUCUGCUACAGGGAUGAGUUUGGCGCCAUUGUCAUGACUUCCAUGCAUCUGACCCGCCGCUGUGGCUGCCCUUCCGGCGCCGCUCCAUGAGCAUUCCUUCAAGCACACACACAGAGAGUAACACGUGUGUGUGCAAGCUUUCUAUCUCCACACAACAUCCUGCUGCUCUCCUUUUUAGUGUGUACGUAGUUAUCCCUGCUCACUGGCAGCCUUCAACACGGAGCGUGGGAACAGCUGCAUCAAUGAUACCAGCACCAAAACAUAUACUGUAUAACCGUCACCCUUUCUGUUCAGUUCAUGUGGCAUGAGUACACACAUACUCGUUAAAAAAACAAGUAUUAUGCCAGAAAUUAAUAUGCAAAGUGUCACACUUGUGAUUUACACCGCCUGUUUUAUCCUUGUACAAAUCUAUUUAAAGCUGCUCCCGGGUACUGAGUGUUCCCUCUAAAAAUGUGCAAAUGUCCAGAGACAAUCUUACGGAAAUGUUUGGGAGGUCAAGUGAACAUUUCCAGCAUUCCCCAUUCAUAUUACAUGUCAUUGUUUUUAUUAACGUACUGCUCAUAGUUUAUGCAGAAGCUCUGUAUUUUAGAGUUAUCAUUUUUUCCCAUUAUAAGACUGUAUAUGUGGUAAUCUGUAAAUGUCCUUGCCUAUUUCUGUUGUCUGCACUCCAUGUUCACUCUCUCUCUCGUUCACAGUAUGGAGUGCAGCUGACGCAAGGCAGCAGCACACACCUGACUGUAAUUAAAAACAGCC